CAGCUUACGUUUUCAUGUCUACACACAACAAAAUAUAAAAACUAAAUAUCUGAAUAAAAUGAGUCUGAAUUGUUGAUUGGUGACAAGGCUGAAUAAGUUUAGGAAACAAACGUUGGUUAAAAGAAAAAAAGUCAAACUGGGUCACACAUCAAUAAACAAACUGUCCGGGCACUUUAAGAGUACCCUAAACACUCGGAGGCCCAGUUGAGGAGGCAGUGCAGCCACUUUAGCUGUGUGAACAGACCGACACAAACGCAUCAGUAACAGGUAACUGCGGCAGAGCCACGCUGAUGGGAAAUAUUUACGGGCGCUGACAGCGGGAUUAACUGUGAACCAGGACCGAGUCUUAAGAAAGUCUGAACAAAGCGUGGUCGACAUCCCUCGCCGAAUCCACCUCUCCGAAACUCUGCGUUAUUCCGUCUCCGACGUCGGCCCUGAAUGUCUAAACUACCAGGAAAUGCAGGUGUGUCGGUGCUCGGUGACAAGUCGCUGGAGUUUUACCGGGAUCCGGUGAUCUUCUGCCGGCAGAGGAUCGAGAAACACCGGAGCAGAGUGUUUGUGUGCCGGCUGCUGAACAGACCCACUGCCUUCAUCUGCUCCGUGCAGGGGAUGAGAGAGCUGCUGUGUGAGAAGUCCAACUUGUUUCUUAAGGAUCCCACUGACUUGAUGACCAACAUGUAUGGUGACACCGUUGUCACCACUAAUGGUGAGGAGGCGUGCCUGCUCCGCCUGUCUCUCACCAGCCUGUUCACAGGAGGGUGUCUGGAGUCAUCAAGCGAUUAUAUCACCAGUGUAUGUGAGCGCUGUCUGAAGGACCUCUCUCUUAGUGGCAAUCCAGAGUGUGUGUACUCUGCCUUUAAGCGUCUUGGGACAGAGUUGGUGUUGGGCCUUUUCCUGAAUGUGCGAGCAGAGGAGCAGCCUGAACUUUACAAGGAAAUCGUGCAGCUCUGCACUGAGCACUGGCACGGUCUCAUCUCUGCUCCGGUCAACGUGAAGGUUCCUAUGUGGUCGUCCGGUUUCUCCACCGCUCUGGACGCCAGAGACAAACUGAUGGCCAUCAUCAAAGACAAACUGGAGAAUGACACACAGGGUUUUGUUGGCUCUCUUCGCUCUUUGCCACUGCCCGACUCCAGCUCUGCCUCCCAGCAUCUGCUGCUGUUCAUCUCGGCUCUGAUACCGAAAGCUCUGGCAUCACUGCUCACCUCCUUCACAUUGGAACUCAGUGGGAACGAACAGAUGCGCCGGAGAGCGAUAGAAGACCCUGAUUACCUGCACGGGGUACUGCUGGAGGUUCAGAGACUCUGGCCUCCUUUCAUUGGUGGACGCAGAAUAGCUGAUCAGGACUCCACACUCGCCGGGUUUCACGUCCCAAAGGGUUAUGGUGCGAUAUACAUCAGUCAGUCUGUCCACCGCGACCCAGAAGUGUUCCAGCAGCCCGACAGCUUCCUGCCAGAGAGAUGGAGCGGAAGGAAUGCAGGCCACGAGCACUUCCUUUGUUCCUUCGGCAGCGGGGCCAGAAACUGCAUUGGAGUUAAACUUACCGAUGUCUUCCUUAAGGAAGCGUGCACGUACCUGUUAAAGCACUACGACUGGCGUUUGGACCCUCCAUCGCAGGACCUCGAGUACAAAUGGCUGCCUGUGUCUCGCCCCGCCAACCCCCCCACCAUCUCCUUCACCCGACUGGAUCAGACCAGAUCUGACAGGAGCGACACCAGCUAGGGAUGCACAGUAUGUUUAGUGGUAUACCCACUGAUGAGCUGAAGGGGGGAGAAGCACUGAAACUGUAGCCUGAGAAAACACACACACACACACAGAGGGAAGCCUGCAAACUCAGAGGCUUUCCCCCGCUGCGUGUAAGACAGUGACGGUCACGGGAAAGCCGAGGAGUGUGCUGGUUUCACUUUGUGUGUUCCUCUGCCAGACACUCUGCAGCUCUCCUUCGAUGAAGCUGCAACACAAGAACAAAAAAAUGACUCAUUCUUCCAUCAUUGAAUGUGACACCGCUAGACAGCAUUUUCUGUCUAUUUUUUAAUGAGUAAUUUAUUACAGUUUAUAAAGAUUCGCCAUACAGCUCGCUGAGCCCGUCUUAUACAUUUCCUCGUCGAUGAAUCAAACACGUGUUCCUUUUCUUUCGAUUUUUCACGGCGGAAUUUGUUAUGAACAAAAAUUUCAAUUGCCUUAAAAAAAAAAAAGGCAGCUUUUAUACGCUACAAUCUCCAUUUUGUUCCUCACACCGCAGUUUCACGAUUCAAACCAACAUAAAUCCAAGGGAGCACGCACGCGUACACACACGUGCACACACGGGGGUAAUCCCUCAACCAGCACUGCUUAGCAACGGUUCCGUCAUACCGUCACUGACUUGCUCCCUUUUAGUAUGCAGGUCUCACACACACACACACAUACUAACCUGGUUAUAUUUUGAGAGCGGUUGGCAGUGAUACACACACCCUCUGAAUCACAUGUAAAUGAUGCCAGAAGACAUUUCAAAAUAACCUUAGCAACCUGAUUAAUUGUAGGCACAUGGAUCAAAAUCUAGAUGAUAAAAAAUAUGUCACUUGUUAUUUAUUAACAUCAUAGUGCUGUACACAUUCCUUCUAUCAUAUCACAUUUUGUUUUUAUUUGCUUGUAUCUUUAUGCUUUAAAAUGUUUUUGUUUUUUGUUUUUUUUAUGUUGUCAUCUGGUUUGGGACAGUUUGUCCCUUUUAUGAUAUGUAAGUAAAAUGAAAAAGAAAAUUCUAAAUAUCAGGUUUCAUUGUUUUUGUGUGCCUGUGUGCUAUUUUUUUUUCCUUUGUCUUUUGUAAUGUGAGCAGCGCUGUCUUCAGGAUGAAAUGUCGUUAACAGUAAUGCUUACGCAAACCACUGAUACUGUCACAUUUGUACGUGUCAGAGGCAACGUGCCAUACUGACAUUUUUGUCAUAUCAGCUUACGAGCUGGAGACUGCAGUUUGAUACUGCAGUGCAACAAUUGUAGGUAUCGUACCACUGGAUAUUUUUAAGCAGACCUCUCAACAAUUCUCAGCCAUUUCUUUCUUGUGCCUUAACUUAUCCAGAGCAUUGGCACAGCAUUGUUAAAAUAUAAAAUGGAAAAUUUAACCUAAAGAAAUAUAAAGUUGCCACAUAUACAGUCUCAACAUAACCGUGGUUUGCAAAAAUGUACAUUGUCAACAUUUAUUCAAAACACUGGGUUGCAUGAAUAUGAGACACUUUUACGAAGGCCCUUCAAAUAACUGUAGCCAAAGCGAAACAUGUUCUUAGUUGAACUGCUUUGCUGUGGUUGCUGCAGCUAAAGUGAAUAUGUUGAAAAAAGGCAGCCAAGUGAUAUGUUGUUGCUGGUGUUGCAAAGAUGACUGGAUCAUUUGGACAGCACAGGAGAAAAUGUGAGUUCAUUCACUCAUUUAGUCUAUAAUACUGUAGAAAUGGAUCACCAGUUAACCUUCCAUUUCCUGGGUGACCGGUGGCAGACAAAAUUGAAUCUGGAAAGGUUUAUAGAGAGCCAGUGGAAACGCUGAUGGUUUCACUCUUCUAUAUCCAUUAUAUUGUGCAUUCAACAUUUACUUCAUAACGAUACGUUGAAGCAUAAACCAGGCAAUUGUCAGUUUAAAGUGCAGUAAAAUAACAAACAUACCACACAAUUCCAGUUUCAGGACAGCUGUUAAAUUGUCUCAAGUUGGCUGAAUUUAAUUGCAAAAAUAAACGAAUCCUUUAUUUUAUAAAGUCUUAAAGAUAUAUGCAGAUAUAUGUUCUGUCUGUACCACAGCAGUUUGAGUGAAGCCUGAACAGUGUGACGUGAAUAAAAUGUGAGCUAUGCUGCCUGCA